CCGGUCGCCUCAGGUCUGAGUAUUUCAGAAUCCUUACUGGAGAAUUGAGAGGAGGUGAUGGGCUUGGCCAAUCAGAUGGGGUGACUCAACAUUUGUGACCGGCAGCCAAUCGCAAGGGCGGUCGCAUCCGACUCGCCGCGCCCACGCGUCCCGCGUUUCCCCUAACCCUAGAGUCGCCGGCCGGUUUGUCACUGAAGUUGGGACGCUCGCAGUCCCCUCCUCACGGUCUUGCCGCCGACACCGCUGCGGUGCAGGUGUCUGGGUGGAGCAUGGCGAAUUCGGGCUGUGAGGACCUCCGGGGCCAGGAGGGGGAGAGUUUUCUGUACUUCGCCUACGGUAGCAAUCUGCUGACCGAGCGGAUCCACCUCCGAAACCCGUCAGCCGUGUUCUGCUGCGUGGCCCGCCUGCAGGAUUUUAAGCUUGACUUUGGCAAUUCCCAAGGCAAAACAAGUGAAACUUGGCAUGGAGGUAUAGCCACCAUUUUUCAAAGUCCUGGCGAUGAAGUAUGGGGAGUAGUAUGGAAAAUGAACAAAAGCAAUUUAAGUUCUCUGGAUGAGCAAGAAGGAGUUAAAAGUGGAACAUAUGUCCCAAUAGAAGUUAAUGUUUAUACUCAAGAAGGAAAAGAAAUAACUUGUCGAAGUUAUCAGAUGAAAAAUUAUGAGAGUGCUCCCCCAUCUCCCCAGUAUAAAAAGGUCAUUUGCCUAGGUGCAAAAGAAAAUGGUUUGCCACUGGAGUAUCAAAAGAAAUUAAAUGCAAUAGAACCAAAUGACUACAAAGGAGAAGUCUCAGAAGAAAUUGAAGACAUUAUCAAAAAGGGAGAAACAAAAACUCACUACAACAUAACAGAAUAGAUCUACAGAUAUUUUCUGUAUGUGCUAAUAUAUUUUUAACAUUUAGAACAGGAAUCUGAGGUAUCUCUGUGUUCAACAGUGCUCUGAAAGGAUAUCUUACUUAGGUGAUUCCUUGUUUUCAGACUAUAAAAAGAAACUAGGUUAGGAAUUAAAUGAUUGAAAAGGGGGCCGUGAGGCACUGGAAUGCAUGACAAAUGGAUGCAGGUACUCCUAUGAACAAAGUUAUUUUCUGCAUUUGAGUGUAUCCUUGCUCUGUGACAAAGGAGAGAUUUGCAAUUUAAUGAUCGUGCUGGUGAAUUGCUCUGCUCUGGGAUUUUUUUUAUCAGCUUAAUAAAGAGCGAGCAAACUGCAGAGACAGCUGAUGAUAAUUUGUUUUUUUAAUUUAAAAGUGGCAUACUGUUCUUAGAGAAAUAAAUGUAUUUGUGGUUGAACCUGUAUUCCCUACUAAAGUACUAGAUUUCACUUUAAGAGACUCAUAUCAUCACACAUACUGGGUCUGGCGUUGGCUCUACACAGUCCGUACUAGAGGAUUAUUGCAUAGACUCUAGAACCACACAGCCUAGGAUCAGUUAUCAGUUCCACCACGUUCUAGCUGGGAGACUGGGUUUUUUUACUUUGUGCCUCAGUUUCCUCAUCUAUAGAGUGAGGGCAGGUGAAACACCUAUGUCUUAGGAUUGUUUUGAGAAGUAAAUAUAUGUAAUGAGCUUCGAACAGAGGCUGACGCAUAAUAAGUAUUAGAAAUCACUAAUGUUGUUAUUAAAGAAUUAAGUUUAUACAGAGCCAUCCUUGGAACAGUAUUUUAAAGUAGAAGAGUCAAGAUGAUGAGGGAACACGUUUUAUGGAGGCUCCAAUUUGAUUCUUGGCUUCUUAAAUUUAUUUACUGAACAAAUGGAGGAAAGAAGAGUCAUGAAUAAAACAGCACUGGUUAUUAAAAAAUCAGAUCUCUGGAAUGCAGCGAGCUGGACUUUUGAAACAGGUUAUUGGAAUGAAGUGAGCUAGCUGCAGGAACAUAAAGAUUUGGUUUGUUCUCUUAGGAAAAAUAACUUUUCAGCUACAGUUGCUGUAGUGGAACUGAACCAUAGACUUCAGGUUAGAUCAUGUUUUAUAGCUGUUACACCUCACUGUUUUCAGGUAUACCCUCCAAUAUUCUAGUUUUCUCCAGUUCUUCACUCCUCCCAGGAAGACCAAGUUUGUCAGUACCUGGAACUCAGUUAUGGUAAUAUAGUGAGCAAGGCUCAGUUUUGAUGUAAAAAUAGAUUAUUCUAGUAAUCUAUUUCACCCACCUAAAAUGACAAUUUUAAUUAAGGAAUUUGAAACUCAAUAAAACCUUCAUGUCUGGCCUUUUGACAAAAAUCUGAUAAUCAUGAGGAAUAUUGCUUUUCCAGUCGUUUUCAAAGAAGUACUACCAAAUGUCGUAAACAAGGGAUUUGCAUUUCUACCAGUGAUUUUGGCCCUCCAUCUACAAUACAACCAUCUCCUGGAUAAACUAUAACAGUUUUUGAAAAGCAUUUCUGGGCUUGCAAGAAAAUAAGGAAAAUCUUCAAGGCAUACCAAUCCCUUUCCCACAAAAAGAAAGAAGAUAAACUCUUUUCUAGCACUGUACCUGACAUCUUUGCAUACAAAUGCCAAUUAUAGCCCUGGAAUUUGACUACUAACCCUUGAGCAAUCCUGCUGCAGGACAGGAAAACAACCUGAGAAUUCUGUAUGAAACUAGGAUGCUUCAAGAGAACUAAAAUCCCUAAAUUAGUAAGAUUUGUGGCUUCCAGCAGAGGCAAAUGCAAAUUCUCUCUGAAGAAGGCAAUUCUAAUUUAGGUCCUCAGAAUCUCCACCUAAAAAAUUUUAAGAUAAGGAAAAUGAUAUAAGUGAGAACAGAAAAAUCAUCUAGAUCCCUAAGGUUUUGAGAUACUGAUCAAAAACAGUGUAAGUAUAUAGACUGACUUCUGAAAAGAUGGAGUAGACAUACUCUUUCUUACUCCUUUAGUUAAGUACAACUAAUAAACAAGACUCUAAAAGAGGGAGAGGAAGACUAGCCAGGGACCUCAGGACCCAAGACAACAUGGUACUGGGUUGUCUCAGGCUUGUAGCUGAAGAAGCCAGCAAUCUGAAAGUACCAAUGAGUUCAGACAAGCAAAACAAGAAAAACCUACUCUGUAGUCAAAGGAAUAGGAAAUAGACAAUCUAGCAAAAUGAAACUUUCAGAGAAUAAAAAUGCUCUCCAGCCAAAUACCACAAAGAAAAAUUGUGGGUCCCCCCCCCCAUCUCUACA